AUGAUGCCAACUGGGUUCAGAUUCAAUCCCACUGAUGAAGAGCUCAUUCAUAUACUGGAAAAAAAAGUAACUGGCCAAGAAAUGCUUCUCCAGAACACUUUCAUUGUUGAAAGAAACGUAUAUGAGCUUGAUCCACAAGAUCUUGAAUGGGAUCGCACGGUGCUCUUAUCGAAUAAUGAGAGAUAUUGUUAUUAUCUUAGGGAAACUGAUUCUAGAGAAGUAUCAGGUCGAGGAUGGUGGAGAGCUACCGGCCAUGUUAAGAAAAUUUACGCUAAAAAGGGCCAUGUGAUAGGCUACAAGAGGCCGUUGACAUUUCUUCGGUUCAUCAAUAGGGAAAGAAAGCGUAAAAAUUCCUUCAAGACUAAUUGGAUUAUGCAUGAAUAUAGCCUACAUUCCAACACAACGAAAUGGAGAAUUUGUAAGAUCAAGUAUAAAGGAAAAGAAAGCAUAAAAGAAGAGCUGAAGAACAUCAGAAAAGGUCACAUCUCAAGGAAUGAUUUGAAAGCCACCGGUUCAACAAUGGAACAGGAGAAACAGCCAGCACCUUUAGAGCUAGACUACAUGUAUGAAUCUUAUUCUGAAGGCAGCAACUCAACUGGAAUGAUGCUGGAUUUUGUUUGUAAUCAACAGCAACCUUAUAUAAUUUUAGGCAAAACAUGCAAAUGGAAGAGAUUGAUGAGCAAAAGCAGUACCCAAAAGGUUCAUAUGAUCCAAUCUUGA